CCAGAUGUCAAUUUAGUGGAAUGGCAGUACGAAGUGUCUAAUAUUCAGCUGCAUCAAGAAUUGAGCUAAGGAGCACCAGACGAUCCAUAAUGCGAACAGUCUAUGCUACCUUACGUAUACUCAUGAGUCUGGCAAAUGAGGAAAUUAUUUACUCAAAGUGGAAACGGGAAACACUAAUCGCUCAACCACAAUGAAAAUUUGCUUAAUUUAUGGAAACGUAAUCAUGGUGCUACUUGUAUUUGCCACUUGUCGGGUUGGGUAGAUUUCAACACGUUACGAGUCGAGCCAUACGGUUAUGGAGGUGGUUGAAAUGAAUUCGUUGGACAGUAUAGCGAAUGAUGCUCUCAUUCGAACAGUAAUUGGAGUAUCGAUUCGAACAACAGCAGUCACCAGCGACUCGUAUUCUCACGAAUUGAUCAUCAAGAAAGUUAUUCCAAAGAAUGUUGCAGUCAAUCUGGUUCCUCUAUUUCUGUAUGCCGUUCGUUGCGGCAGUUACGAAUUGCUCCUACACACCUUGCAACGACUGCAGUGAAUCUGUAGUCGAUUAUCCACGAGAAUUUUUCGAGAUGUUUUUCCCAUCAUAUCUCAAUCGUUCUGUGAUGCCUCUCACUGCAAUUCGAGCGAAGCCGAGUGAAUUGGCGAACAUUUCACUCCGCCUUUACACAGGAACAACCUUGGAUAAUUAUGUGGAAGAGUUGGUUGGUAAUGCGGUGAAUCUCUCAAACUAUCUCAAUAGUAGCAAACCGACAGUUAUGUAUGUUUCUGGCUGGACCGAGACUCCAGAGUCUAGCAGUGUUUUGUCUGUCGUUGGUGCAUACUUGAAGCGGUGCGAUCACAAUGUCGUACUCGCAAACUACGAGGAUAUUGCAACAAAGUCGUAUCCCUUUGCCGCGCUGAGCGUUCCUGGAGUCGGUUACACCCUGGCGCAAGCAUUUAACGAGCUGGUGAAAAACGGCCUGGAUUCUUCGACGCUCCACGUGGUAAGCCAUUCGCUCGGAAGUCAGGUCAGCGGGUUUUUCGGAAAAUGCGUCGACUUCAUCGUGCCAAGGAUCACAGGCUUGGAUCCAGCCGGUCCCGGGUUUGAUAUGAUGAACGAGAACCUGGCAUCUGGUGACGCCAGGUUCGUUGACAUAAUUCACACGGACGCUGGAAUCUACGGCACUGCAAGCAACAAGGGGGAUGCCAACUUUUACCCGAACGGUGGUAAUCGUUUUCAGCCUGGAUGCAAAUUUAGUCUGCCAUACAGCGAUAAUGACUUCUGCAGUCAUCACAGAUCCUGGCAAUACUUCACCGAGUCGCUUGAAUCAGAAGAUGCCUUCGUCGGACAGAAAUCCAAAUCAUAUCGGAGUUUCAAGUCAGGUUUUAGCUGGGGUGCAGUCGCAGUCAUGGGAUAUGGAACGCCAACAACAGCGAACGGAAAAUUCUAUCUUCAAACCAAUAGCGCGUUUCCGUAUGGUCGAAAGUACAAGGGCUUGACGUACGACGCGUUGUUUUAGGCCAACGCAAUUUUAGCCAAUGGACCAUCGACACGGGAUUCAUGUGUAACAAUUAUCGCG